AUGCCUCCCUCCAACGUAUUGAAGCCAAAUGUUCCCACAGGCUUCGGCCUCAUGGGCAUGACCUGGCGCCCCAAGCACACCCCCGAUGAGCAGGCCUUUGCAACCAUGAAGAAGGCCAUUGCCCAGGGCGCCACCUUUUGGUCCAGCGCCGACUACUACGGCAUGCCAGAGCCCACGGCCGGCCUUGACUUGAUCCGUCGCUACUUUACAGCCCACCCAGAGGACGCCGAAAAGGUCACGCUCUUCAUCAAGGGUUGCGUCGACCCCCAGACUAUGCAGCCCAAGAACAAGCGCGAGCAAGUCUUGGCCAGCGCCGAGACCUGUAUCCAGAGGCUUGGCGGCGCCAAGAAGAUUGACAUCUUCGGUCCGACCCGUCAGGACCCCUCCGUGCCGCUCGAAGAGACGCUGGGUGCCAUUGGCGAGCUCGUCGCUGCCGACAAGGUCGGUGGCCUAGGUAUCAGCGAGGCUGCUGCCCAGACCAUUGAAAAGGCCAACGCCGUCUACCCUCUCAGCCUGGUCGAGGUCGAGUUCUCUUUAUGGACUCCCGACCUGCUGUCCAAUGGCGUAGCAGCCACCGCCAAGAAGCUCGACAUCCCGCUCGUUGCAUAUUCCCCUCUGGGCCGAGGCUUCCUUACUGGCCAAGUCAAGUCCCUCGACGACAUUCCUGAGGGAGACAUCAGACGUCGCUUUGAUCGUUUCCAACCUGAGAACUUUAACAAGAAUCUAGAGCUCGUGGACAAGCUCAAGGCAUUUGCUGACAAGAUGAACGUUACCCCGGCCCAGCUCGCGCUGGCCUGGAUUCGUGCCACCUCCAAUUCGGAGCAGGCAGGUACAAUUAUACCCAUCCCGGGAGCCACUUCACCAGGCCGCGUUGAAGAAAACACGACAGUUGUGUCUCUCUCGCCUCAAGACAAGACGGAGCUCGACCAGAUUCUUGCUUCGUUCAAGAUUCAGGGAGGCAGGUACAACAAGCACCUGGAACAUCUCUUGUGGCAAUAG